AUGCCAGGUUGGGUCCAACGAUUCAAUGCUCUGAAGCAGUCGCUGUGGAUCAAGAGCAAGUUCCGUGGUGACCGAUCCUUGAAGAAGAAGAACGCGAAGUCUACAUAUGCCCUCAUCGCGAAGGAUGAACUGAAAGUCGCGGCUGCUCAAGCUGAAGUUGAACUGAUCUUCAAGGUCAAGAAGACCGAGCACCAUAAGAAAUAUCUCGUUUGGCAGCUUGAGAAGCCCCAUAGUAAAGAAGCUGGCGAGAUAGGAGUCGCCCUUUCAUAG